AUGGGAGGCUGGAUCUCCCUCUUGAAGCAGCGGAAGAUGGGUGAGGAGGAUACCUUCACAGAGACUUUUCUUCUGUUUAUAUCAGAUGUGCAAGUGUACAUUAUCAAAGUCACCUGGUCCAAUGGGUCCACAGAAGUCAUAUACCGUCGGUAUAGCAAGUUCUUUGACUUACAGAUGCAAAUGCUGGACAAGUUUCCAAUGGAAGGAGGUCAGAAGGACCCCAAGCAAAGGAUCAUCCCCUUUCUGCCAGGGAAGAUCCUCUUCCGCCGAAGUCACAUCCGAGAUGUUGCGGUCAAGCGGUUGAUACCAAUUGAUGAAUACUGCAAGGCUCUGAUCCAGCUGCCUCCCUACAUCUCUCAGUGUGAGGAGGUUCUUCAGUUCUUUGAGACGAGACCUGACGACUUGACUCCCCCCAAAGAAGAACCCAUUGGAAAGAAGAAGUCUGGAGCUGAUUCUGCGUCGGUCGAUCCCUUGGUGCUGGAGCAGUAUGUCGUGGUGGCGGACUACCAGAAGCAGGAGAGCUCCGAGAUCAGCUUGUGCGUGGGCCAGGUGGUGGAUAUCAUUGAGAAGAACGAAUCAGGCUGGUGGUUUGUGAGCACAUCAGAAGAGCAAGGCUGGGUGCCAGCGACCUGUCUGGAAGCKCAGGAUGGUGUCCAGGACGAAUUCUCUAUGCUGCCUGAUGAAGUCCCAUGGAGAUACUGGUCUCUACCCAGGCACGUUGGCCGCCGUCGGACUCUUGGGGACUUGUACACCAGUGGAUGGGGUCAAGAGGAGAAGUACACGGUUAUUUACCCAUAUAUCGCAAGAGACCAGGAUGAAAUGAACCUGGACAAAGGGGCUGUGGUGGUGGUGAUCCAGAAGAACUUGGAGGGCUGGUGGAAAAUCAGGUACCAGGGCCAAGAAGGCUGGGCCCCGGCCUCCUAUCUCAAAAAGGGGAAUGGAGAGAUGUUUUCACAGAAGCUGGGGUCAGGYGCCUCCACUCAUUCCUGUGCCUUGGAUCUGGAUGGCAUCUCCCGGCAGCAGAACGUGGCAAGCCGAGAGAAGGAUGGACUUGCCAGCCAGAGAGAUGGGAGAUUUGACAGCCGUCCCCUGCCUAAUGCUGACAUUCGACGCAAGUCUCCGAAGAUGAGGCAGAGACCGCCUCCUCGCAGAGAUCUGACCAUACCACGUGGUUUAAACCUGCCUAAGCCUCCUGUCCCUCCUCAAGUGGAAGAGGAAUAUUACACCAUAGCUGACUUCCAGACCACCAUUCCAGAUGGCAUCAGCUUCCAGGCAGGAAUGAAAGUAGAGGUUAUUGAGAAGAACCUGAGUGGCUGGUGGUACAUUCAGAUUGAGGAGAAGGAAGGCUGGGCUCCUGCUACAUUUAUYGAUAAAUACAAGAAAACAAGCAAUGCAUCCAGGCCAAACUUCCUGGCUCCAUUGCCCAAUGAGAUGGCCCAGCUCCGUGUUUCCGAUGCCACAGUGGAAAGCAGUGCCAAUGAAGAAGCCACUGGACCAUGCAGACCUUUGCCAGAGGCUCCACCAAAUGGUAUGGACUGUGGUAUGAAGUGGGCCAGAGAAUGGAAGGGGAAGGAGGCUGCUGAGAGUGCGGACAUGGCCUUCACCUCUGGGUAUGAGGAGAUCUCGGACCGUGAUGUGGAGGAGAAACCCAGCCUGCCCCCUAGGAAAGAAUCAAUCAUUAAAUCGGAAGGCGAGUUAAUGGAAAGGCAGAGACCUCCUCCCAAGCCUCCAGGCAUGAUUUUGCCCAUGAUCCCUCCGAAGCAGUCAGCAGCCCCCAAGGACAGUAAGAAGCCAGAGCUGAAAACAGAGAAGGGCAAACUGUUCCAGCUGAAAAACGAAAUGGGACUGGAAUGUGGACACAAGGUGUCAGCCAAGGAAGUGAAGAAGCCAAAUCUCCGACCUAUUGUCAAGCCAACCAAGCCAAAAGCUGAGCCGUUGGAAGACAAACCUGAAACAUUUAGCCAGAAUCCUUUCUUGAAAUCAAGACCCCAGAUUAGGCCAAAACCUACUGCAGCCCCUCGUGCUGACCCACCUCCAACUGACGAUAAACUGGACAUUUGUAGCCUGCGAAGCAAGCUCAGACCUGCGAAGUGCCAAGAGAAACCCUCUGAGCAGGACACUGCUGCCAGUGAAAACUCUUUCAGUAAUACCACGGUCCYCUCGGAGACUUCUGGAAGGUUUCAGGAGAGACCAAGUGUGGAGAGCAAAGCCCUGCCUAAACUGGACAGUCACAUCGCAAAGGAGGCCCUGCCCAAAUGUCCUCUGGGGCCAGCAAAGGCAGYGCACCCAGAGCCAAAGAGUGACUACCCAGGUCCCAGGGAGCCCCCGCCUCAGCGGCCCGUCGUACCGCCGCGUAGACCCCCGCCCCCAAAGAAAGCAGCAUGUCCUGCCUCCGGCCCCACGCCAGAGCUGAAGACCCCAGGGCGGGAAGCACCUGAGAUCAGGUCCUCUGCUGUCCCGGGCCGGCCCAUGCUGGUUCCACCAAAAGCCAAACCGUUCCUGUCUGCGAUAAGCCAGGACGAAGCCAAAGUGAAAAGCAGCUUAGUCCCAAAGGUAAUAUCCAAGCCGGUAGAGAGAGGGGAAGCCAAGGAGAGGACCUCUGUCCCCUUCUCCAAUCCGGACAUCUCCAAGGAAGCCCUCUAUGUGGCAGUGGCAGAUUUUGAAGGCGAUGAGGAGACCAACAGCUUUAAAGAAGGGACUUUAUUUGAAGUUCGAGAGAAGAACAGCAGUGGCUGGUGGUUUUGCAAGGUCCUGACUGGGGGGCCCUGCUGGGAGGGCUGGAUCCCUUCCAAUUAUCUAAGAAAGAAGCCGUAGCCUGACCUCUGUUUACACAGUUGGAAGUUCCUUGUUCUCACACCUGAGUAUUUAAUUAGCUUAUUAAUU